AUGGGCGGCAAGAUUGAUGCUUACAUAGACAUUGCAUCGCUGUAUAGUUAUAUCGCCUUCACUCAUAUUAUCAACAACCAGGAACUUCUCGCAGCCCACGGAGUCCAAAUAGAGAUUCACCCUGUUCUCCUUGGCGCCAUCAACGCUGCUUCAGGAAACAAACCACCAUGGACACUCCCAGCUAAGGCAGAGUACGGCACCUUUGACGCCCGCCGCUCCUCCGCCCGAGCAGGCAAGCCCGGCAUCACCACGCCCGAAAGCUUCAUGGAGCGAAGCAUGACAGUCGCCCCCCUCCGCGCCCUGCACUUCAUCAAAGCAAACUACCCAGACGCCACGUACCAGACGGCGUGGCACUGGUUCCUCCACUGCUUCUGGGAGCCGCCCAACCUCAACCUCACGAAGCCCGACGUCCUGGCCAAAGCGAUUGCGGACGCGCCCAAGCAGUACCCGCCUCCCGCCAGCGGCAGCAACACGCAGGAGAGACUGUUCAGCGAGGCGGACGUCAAGAGGAUUUUGCAAGGAGCAGGGUCGCAGGAGAUUAAGGACUCGGUCAAGACUAAGACGCAGGAGGCGAUUGAUCAUGGUGCGUUUGGCGCGCCGUGGUUUUGGGCUGUGAAUGAGCAGGGUAAGGGCGAGCCGUUUUUCGGGAGCGAUAGGUUUCACUUCAUUUACGAGUACCUGGGCGUCCCUUACCAGGACGUUGCCAUCUUGCCGCCUGGAGGCAAGGCGACUGCAAAGCUGUAG